GUACGUGUCCAGUCAUGACCCCUUGGCUCCUGUCCAAUUCUUUUAACAAAUCCGGCGAACAGGCAUUACGAUAUAGGAUACGCCCUCGUCUCGCUCAUCUUCGUCGGCAACGCCUUGGGCUUCAUCAUGGGGGCGUGCUUCCUGGACUCGCUCCGCCAGCGGUUCGGCCGGGCCAAGAUGAUAGCCCUCGGCGAGCUCAUGAUAGCAUGCGGCUACGUCCCGAUCGUGUGCACGGCGCCCUUCCCCGUCGUCGUCUUCUCCUUCUUCCUCCUCGGCUUCGGCGUCUCCAUCAACCUGGCCGUGAGCAACGUCUUCUGCGGCGGCCUGUCCAACGGCACCACGGCCCUGGGCGUCCUGCACGGCUCCUACGGCGUCGGCGGCGUCGUCGGCCCGCUCAUCGCCACCUCCCUCGUCGCCGUCGCCGGCGCCGUCUGGAGCAGGUACUACUUCCUGACGCUGGGCAUGACCUUCGUCAACGCCGGUUUCGCCGUCUGGGCCUUCUGGGGCUACGAGAAGGAGACGGGCGAGCAGCUGCGGCAGCCCCUCGUGUCGGCCGACGGCCGGCCGGUCCCGCGCAAGGCGUCGCUGGCGGGGAUGAUGACGGCGCUCUCGUCGCGGGUGGUGCUCCUGGGCGCGCUCUUCAUCUUCGCCUACCAGGGCGCCGAGGUCAGCAUCUCGGGCUGGGUCAUCUCGUUCCUCAUCUCCAACCGGCACGGCGACCCGUCCAGCGUGGGUUACGUCACGGCCGGCUUCUGGGGCGGCAUCACGCUGGGCCGCUUCCUGUUGUCGGCGCCCGCCCACCGCGUCGGCGAGAAGCGCUUCGUCUACGCCGUCGUCGCCGGCGCCGCCAUGUUCCAGCUCCUCGUCUGGCUGGUCCCCAACGUCAUCGGCCCCGCCGUCGCCGUCGCCAUCGUCGGCCUGCUGCUGGGGCCCGUCUACCCCUGCGCCGCGGCCGUGUUCCUGCGGAGCAUGAGCAGGUCAGAGCAGGUCAGCGGCCUGGGCGUCAUCUCCGCGUUUGGGAGCUCGGGGGGCGCCGCGGCGCCCUUCACGACGGGUCUCCUGGCGCAGGCCGUCGGCACCUUUGUGCUGCACCCCAUCGCCAUCGCGCUGUUCGGCGUCAUGAUGGGGUGCUGGUAUGGACUGCCCAGCAAGCCCAAGAGGUCGGAAUAGCCGGUCUUUUUCAGUCUCUCAGUCUCUUUUACUCUCUCUCACUUCUCUUUUCUAUUUACGACGAAGUUAUGCUUGGGAAGGCGUUUAUUGGUGGGAGUACGGAGGACCUGGUGAGACGGAUCUUGUUUACUGGAGCAUCAAACGUGGCUUGGCUUCCGUUGGGCAUCAAUCACUUAAUAUCCCCCUAAUAGUCGUAGUUUCUCUCGGGACAAAUGGAUGGCGUUUCUGUUUUCCAACUGCACCACCGCGAUGCCCUACUCUAGCUACGUUUACAAUGUGCGUGUGAUGAUCCUAGAACAUGGUGCCCAUAGUCAUAUCUCAUCCAGUGAGAUUCUUAGUUAU